AUGGCCAAGGGGUCGGCCAAAGAAUUAUUUAGACAAAUGAAAAAUGAGCUAAGGUAUGGGGGAGAGGAACCAAAUUGUCUGGAAGUGGUUUCAUGUGACAUGAGCUCAGAAUAUGAAGACUUUAAAACAUAUCAUAAUGAAAUAAAAUAUUUGAAAAAAGAACAAUUAAAAGCAUAUAUUUGUAAAUUGCGGAAAGAAAUAAAAAAUUAUAAAAAUAGAGAAAUAAAUUAUAUUAUAGAAAUAAAAUAUUUAAGACGGAAAAUAAUAAGAUUACAAAAUGUGAUUGAAAAUGAUAAAGUUUUAAAGAGAGAUUAUUCACUAAAAAAUGAUAACAAUAAUAAUAAUAAUACAAAUUUGGGACUUGAUGAAAAUUUAAUUUUUACAGCCAACAAUUUUAAUCAUAAAAAUAGACAAAAUAGUAUUAGCAAGUCAGAAAAAAAAUACAGGCCAAGCACGUCCCUAACAUAUAAUAAUAAUGCUAACAACAUAAACAAUGCAAACAAUUACAUUAGCAGGUAUAAUGACAAUUGUAAUAGCAACUCCAGCAUAUGCAGACGGUCGUAUGGGGGAAAAAGCUGUUUCAAAAGUGAAUCAAUUCGAAGCAUUAAUCAGGAUAUUCAUAAAGGUAGGAGAAUAGUAAGUGCAAAAGAUUUAUGUUUUGAUAAUAAAAGGAGGGAAGAGUAUGACAAGUAUAGUGGACUUAGUAGAAAGAUUGGUGGAGGGAAAGAAUUAUGGGAAAAAAAUGAAAAAAAAAAUGCAAGUAAAAAAAUAAUUCAUACUAUAAAGCCUAUUGAAAAGGUUUAUUCGUGUGGUAAAGCUUUUGAUUUCAACAAAAAAAGUUUAGACAAUAAAAAUUACGAGAAUAGUAAUGACAGAUAUCGAACUAAUCGACGUGAGCAUUCUUUAUAUAAUUUAAAUUUGUACAAAAAUAGUAAAGAUAUAUGUAGUGAAAAGGGAGAAAGAAAAGAUACUUUUAUUUCAAAUCGAAGCUAUUCUUCAGCAUCUAAAUUUGAAUUAAAAAGGCAUCUAAUUUCAAACAAUAAAAAUAUAAAUCGUAUGUCUAGUCAUAUUAAUAGUAUAAUAGAAAAGGACAUAAAUAAAUACUACAAUUCUAAAGAAAGCAUUUUAAAUCAAAAAAAUGGAAAAACAAACAAUAUUAAAAUAAAUAAAAAUACAUUUGAUGUAUAUAAUAAUGCAUAUCAUCAAAAAGUUCUGAGCAAGAAAUAUACUUCUCCAUAUGCCUAUCAAAAUAGUUCCAAAAAUAGCAGUAAUAAAAAAAAUAAUAUUAUAAGAAGAAAUAUAAAAAAUGUUGAGACAAAAUUGAGUAAACAAGUAGUUGGAAGUGAUUCCAUUGAUAUGAAGGGGGAUAUUAAAAAAGAGAGUUGCAGUAAUUUUAUAAAAAAAGAUGACAGUGAUAAUGUCCAAUUAGAAGACGACGGGAACAGUUCGAGCCCUGUUAAUAAAAUCAAACAAUAUUUUCAAAGUGAAAAAAAAAAAAAAAAAUCGCCAAAAAAAUUUGAAAAAAAAGUAGCAAAAAAGAAAGGAAGCAAGAUCAGUGAAAAUGAAAAGGAAGUUAAAAAAGAAAAAGAUGAGAAGCGAAAAAAUGAUAAUUGGGGAACAAGUUUAAAAUGGAAAGGAAGAGAAAGUAGUGAAAAAUCAGAGACAUCUUUUAAUCAGAUAACUGAAAAAGAAACAAAGUCUAUAGAGGAUAAUAAUACAAAGUUAUUGAAUUUAAAAAAAGUUAUACAAUCUGAUCUUAAAGAAAAUUUUAAGCAAGAAUUAGAAAAAUUAAAAAAGAGAAAUAAUAUUUUAAUUUCAAAACCGGAUGUUUAUUGUGGUAUACCUUUUGAUAGUACUAGUGGUGGAAGUGAAAAAGACAAUUACAGUAACAGUAAUAAUAAUACUAAAAAAAUGAAUGAAAAUAAAAACAAAAUUAGUGCUAAUUAUUUGAAAGGAGCAAACAUAUCAAAUACACCAUUUAAUGACAUUGAAAAAAGAAUUAGUAAUUUACAAAAUUAUUUGAAAAAAAACAAAAAGUAG